GGCGGGGCGGUGCCGCCGCUGUUGCCGUCCGGUGCCGCAGGAGAAGGUCGCCCGCCCGCCCGCUCGCUCCGGGAGAUUCCCAGGAUCUCUCUCAGCCGCUCGCGCCGUCCCGAGCACUCGGGGACAUGUCGAGGUGGGCGGAGGCCCGGUGGGCCGGCGCCAGACGGCGGACGGCGGCCGCGGCACACGCGCCCUCCUCGAGCUUUCCCCGGAGACGCCUCCCUUUACACGCGCCCCGAGCCUGAAGGCGCUGCCACGGCGAGGAGUCACCGAUAGGGAGCAGGACGCGCCGCUGCUGCACGGGAGCUGCACGGGAGCUGCACGGGAGCUGCACGGGAGCGGCCCCGGGAGUUUCCCCGGCCGGGGGAGGGAGGAUGAAGCUGCUGGAGAACUCCAGCUUCGAGGCCAUCAACUCCCAGCUGACCGUGGAGACCGGCGACGCCCACAUCAUCGGCAGGAUCGAGAGCUACUCGUGCAAGCUGGCGGGGAUCGACAAGCAGCUCUUCAAGCAGUUCUGCCAGGAGGGGCAGCCCCACGCGCUCGAGGCCCUGAGCCCGCCCCAGAGCUCCGGCCUCAGCCCCGGCAGGCAGGGGGAGGGCCCGCUCAGUGACACGUGCAGCCGCAAGACGCUGUUCUACCUGAUCGCCACCCUGAACGAGGCCUUCCGGCCUGACUACGACUUCAGCGCUGCCAAGAGCCACGAGUUCAGCCGGGAGCCCAGCCUCAACUGGGUGGUGAAUGCCGUGAACUGCAGCCUCUUCUCGGCCGUGCGCGAGGAUUUCAAGGCGCUGAAGCCGCUGCUGUGGGACGCGGUGGAUGAGGAGAUCUGCCUGGCCGAGUGUGACAUCUACAGCUACAACCCGGACCUGGACUCGGAUCCCUUUGGCGAGGACGGCAGCCUCUGGUCCUUCAAUUACUUCUUCUACAACAAGCGCCUCAAGAGGAUCGUCUUCUUCACCUGCCGCUCCAUCAGUGGCUACGCCUACACCCGGCCGGACACCGGGACCGAGCUGGACAUGGACCUGGGAGAGGGCGACACCGAGAAGGGCGACAGCGGCGACCCCGAGGGCGGCGGCAUCGAGGGGGACAGGCUGCAGGUGAUGUGCAUGUGAGAUUCCCGUCGGGAUCCGAGACACCGGCAACGGAACCGGCAACGGGAACGAAACCAGCAAUGGGACUGGAAAUGGACUGGGAACGGAACCGGGACCGGGACCGGGAACGGAACCGGGACUGGGACUGGAACCUGGACUGGGAACCAAAUGAGCACUGGGAACGGAACUAGGAAUGGAACCAGGACUGGGAAUCAAACCAGGAACGGAACCAGGAACGGAACCAGUACUGGGAAUGGAACCAGCACUAGGAAAGAAACCAGGAACAGAACCAGAACUGGGAACGGAACCAGAACCAGGAAUGGAACCAGAACCAGGA